AUGUCGACUCAACCAACUAAUUCUUCGCAAACUACUCUUGUUGUUUCUUCUCCUGUGCCUCCUCCACCUCCAGGACGUGCUUCGUAUCGUAGAAACAAGAACAACGUGACUCAAACUUCGACUCAAGAUAAAGGAAAGGAGCCGAUGGACUCAUUCCAGAUCCUGGAAUUACCUAAAAGAACUCCAGCAGGAAAUUCGUCCCAAGAAAAUACGAAAUCGGGCCAGACUCAAAGAAGAAGUUUUUAUGACGAUAAUGGCAAUCCAGAUCCCUAUAAUACCGGAUCUAGGAAUGUUAAUUUUGAGGAUCUGCUUGACUUGUUUACUAUUUUGCAGAAUCUUGAUAAGAUGAUUAAAACUAAUCAAGAGUAUAAUCAAGAACAAUUCAGAAUCCUUGAAUCAAGGAUUUUUGAAAAUAGACCACCGGUGACUCCUAGAAAUUUAUUUUUGACGACUCCAACCGCUCCUGAAUCUGCUGCUAUUAAUACGUCACUCCCAACUGCAACUCUUAAUUUUGGGAGUAAUAUCCCGCAAAAUACUCAUGCUGCUGGACCAUCAGCCACCAUGGGUGCAGGUUUGCAUAAUUCUUCUAGUUUUGCUGGAUCAUUUGCUUUUACUAACCCAUUCCAGGGACAAGGAACGAAUGUUUACAUUGCAAGGGAAUUUCAGAAGAUUAAAGAUAUGAUCUCAAGUGUUCCUGGAUUUUGCAAUCCAAUUUCUGAAGUUAACCCUGCAUCUUAUCUUAUUAAUAGAUAUGGUGACAGGAUCGCAAACGUAAAAAUUCCGAAGAAAUUUCAAGUUCCAAAUAUGAAACCAUAUGAUGGAACCACUGAUCCACAGGAACACAUCGCACUCUAUCUGGAAAAGAUGGAAACGGUACCAAUUCCAUCCAAUUUGAAAGAAGCUUGCUUAUGCAGAAGCUUUGGAUCGACACUUUCAGGAUCAACCUUGAAAUGGCUGCAGAGUUUGCCUCCUUUAUCCAUGAAUUCUUUUGCUGAUUUGACAAAUCUAUUUUAUAGUCAAUUUUCAUGCAGUAGGACUUUUGAAAAAUUGACCGAUGACCAUUACAAAAUAAUUCAGAAACUACAUGAAUCACUUAAGGAUUUUAUGACUAGAUUUACAAAAGAAUCUCUUAAUAUUCCUAAAUUAGAUAUGUUAACUGAUAUUCAAGCUUUGCAGAGAGGUCUUCAUAAAGGAUCUAAGUUCCGGGAAGAUCUUAUAAUGAUGCCAUGUAGGAAUUUAGAUGAGGCAAAAGCAAGAGCAGCAAGAUAUAUAAGGCUCGAAGAAAAUGAGCUUACUACCUCAAAAUUGGAUGCCUUAUCAUAUGAUCGUCCAAAUCGGAAAGCAGAGACCCCGGUCUUGAAACCAAGACACAAACCUUACACAAGGGAUGUGGAUAAUCAAGUCAAUGAUGUCGAAGAAGAUGACGGGAUCGAAUACCCUACUCUGGCAUCAUAUUGUUUUUCAGUAGGAACAUCCGACAUUAUAAUGGCGCUUAGAGAUCUUGGAGACAAGGUGAGAUGGCCUCAACAGAAAAACGACGGAUAUUUCAAGAAGAAAGUUCCUAGCCAGUGGUGUGCUUAUCAUGAAGACUUUGGUCACAUCACUGAAGAUUGCAAGAUGUUGAGAAGAGAAAUAUCCACCUUACUAGCUAAGGGAUAUUUAACAGAAUUACACGGAAGAAAGAAAGCCAAAGAUGUUGAAGGCUUAGAUUUUUCCAAACCAAAAUCAACACAAAAAGCAGAUUCCCCACCAGCAAAUGCAAAACUAAUUUAUACCAUUUCUGGGGUAUCGGAAGUAUGCGGAACAACAUAUUCAGUAGCGAAAAGAUUUGCAAAGCAGAGUAAAGCAGAUAAAGGAGAAAGAAGUGUGAAGAAAGCUUUGAUUUCAGACUCAGACAUCAUCUCCUUUGAAGAACAUUUUGAUGAUAUCAUGGAACCUCAUCUUGAUGGUCUGGUAAUUACUCUUUUUAUUGCUAACCAUUAUGUUCGUAGGAUCUUAAUAGACAAUGGAAACUCGGUGAAUAUCAUCAUGCUAGAAACAUUAAGAAGAAUGGACAUCUCAGAUGAAGACAUUAAUGGGAAAGCUUCUCCUUUGAUCGGAUUUAGUGGCGAAAAUAAAUAUACUGUUAGCAAAAUAAAAUUGCCAGUAUACGUUGGAGGGAUAAAUUCGAUGCAGAAGUUUUGUGUUGUGGAUUCUCUUCCAGGAUGCAAUAUAAUUCUGGGAAGACCUUGGACACAUGAGAUGAAGGUGGUACCUUCAACAUAUCACCAAUGUGUUAAAAUUCCAACACCUUGGGGAGUAGUUACUGUCAUGGGAGAUCAGCAAGAAGCUAGGGAAUGCUAUACAUCCAGCAUGAAGUCAGUUGCAAAGCCAACUUCACAAUAG